AUGGUUCACUUAAUACCUUGUAGACCAGCAGUUGCUCCAUUUAGCCCCUUCCCACCAAGUGAGGCUUGUUGUGCUGCAAUCAAAACUUUGGGGCAGCCUUGCUUGUGUGUGUUUGUCAAUGGCCCUCCGAUCUCUGGUGUGGAUCAGAACAUGGCCAUGCAGCUUCCUGACAAGUGCACUGCUAACUUUGAACCUUGUGGACUUGCAAAGGUAAGAGAUUAG